UCGCCGCGACACACACACAGGCCCCGAGCUCGUCGAGUCCGCUUGAAACAUCCCAACCGAGUAAAGUUGCCGGCUCCAAGACCUCACGGACAUGCCCAGGGCAGUAAGUAGCCCCGAGCUGUGUGGCUCCUCCGGUGGCGCACCCGGCGUCAAUGUUCUCCACUCUUUCAUCCGGUCCCGCGAUCCCGCAGUCCCGCGCGUACCGGGCAUUGGGCCGUGUCACCGAGUCCUUGGGCCAGACAUUGGCCCCAACCACGAUAUCCUCCUGAGAAACUGACGUCAUUAGGUUUGAGAUGCCGAUAACAAGUCGUCAAGUAAAUAGAGACGGAAAUUCGAAGGAGGGCCAUGGGACGUUUUGACGAGGGUGGACGAAGGUCCUCGAACAAACGGCAUGUGGAGGGGUAUCGCGACAUGGCCCCAUUUGAGUUCCAAUGUCAAGCUGAUGUUGCCUCUCCAAGCGCAACCGGCAGUGCAGUACUCUGUAAGAUGUGUGUCAACCCGGGAUUGACCUAGUAACCACUUAGCCGUAAAUGUUAUGUGCUGUUAG